UAUCAAUUCCCCUCCCUCGCGCAACUUCCGAAUCUCACAGGGACUCCGACGUGUCGCGCUCUAUCCUUCCCCCCAAUACGCCCCGCCUGUGCCUGCGGACGCUCGGCUCCCCGCCCGCUCGUCCGCCCGUCGGGAUCAAGCGGCUGGAGAUCAGGGCGGCAAAUAGCGAUGGCGGACCAGAAGGGAAGCAAGGCGCCAGUGAAGGAGGCCGAGAGUGGCGACUCGACAGCGCUGCCAUCGACAGGAGCAUCACCUUUUGGGGCUGUUCCUAACCCCUUCGACUUUUCGGCAAUGUCUUCUCUGUUGAAUGACCCCAGCAUCAAGGAGAUGGCAGAACAGAUUGCCAAAGAUCCGGAGUUCACAAAGAUGGCCCAACAGCUGCAAAGAGACAUCGGCAGCACAGGGCCGGAGGCGCCGCCUGCUCCCAUUGAUCCUGAGCAGUACAUGAACGCCAUGCGCACGGUUAUGCAAAAUCCACAAUUCAUGACGAUUGCCGAGCGCCUUGGAAAUGCCCUUAUGCAGGACCCAGCCAUGGCAAACAUGCUUCAAAGCAUCUGCAACCCUCAGCAUCGUGCGGACAUGGAGAAGAGGCUAGCUGCGAUCCGACAGGAUCCAUCGCUGAAGCCCAUCAUCGAGGAGAUUGAAAGCGGCGGGCCAGCUGCUAUGAUGAAGUACUGGAAUGACCCAGUCGUCCUCGGCAAGUUGGGCAAGGUCAUGGGUGUUGCCAUUGAUGGCGACACAGCUGCUGGAGUAUUGCCAGCUGACGGCGAGCAAGUGGAAGGGGAGGGAGAGGAAGGUGAGGAGGAGGAGGACGAGUUGACCUUGCACUCUGCAGCAAGCACUGGCGACAUAGAGGCUCUCAAGGCUCUUUUGGCUGAGAAGGAUGUUGACAAAGACGAGAAGGACGCUGAAGGACGGACUGCCCUUCACUUCGCCUGUGGAUACGGAGAGCUGGCAUGUGCUGAAGCUUUGUUGGAAGCAGGAGCAGGUGUAGAUGCUGUUGACAACAACAAGAAUACAGCGCUACACUAUGCUGCUGGCUACGGAAGGAAAGAGUGCGUAGAACUGCUUGUGAAAAGCGGUGCUUCAUGCACUCUGCGGAAUGUUGAUGGGAAGACUCCCACUGAUGUGGCAAAGCUCAACAACAAAACUGAGGUUUUGAAACUGCUUGAGAAGGAUGUUUACUUGUAAAAGAGGAGAUCGAGAGAGUGGGAAGGCACCUCGAUGCCCAAGGUUCUCCGGCGGGAAUGCUGUGGUUGGUGGGAUGUGAACGGUGAACAUGCGGGUCUGGCAAUGAAUGUCGGCAAAGGUUUGGUUGUGAGAUGAGAAGAGGAGACUACGAGGAAGGAGGUCCUUUGGAGUAAUCGUCGGGAAUUUCAGCUUCGGAUUUGUUGUUUUUAUUUUUUCUCCCCACACCGUUUCUUUCUUUCCUGUAGAGAGUGGCGUGAUCGGCAGUCUUAGGACCUUGAGCGCCGAAAAAGAAAAAAGAAAAAAAAACAGAAAAAGACUAGCGAGGAUUCUCUGAACCUGGUAGCAAGUGAGUGGGUCAGCUGAUUCCCGUGCCGAGCAUGCUUUGUGCGAUGUCAUCUGCGGAUGAUCUCUGUCUGAAGAUGAUGAUAAAUUUGAUAAUGAGUG